CCAAGACCGCAGAUAAACUGGGUCACCCGGGAAAGGGGGUACAGUACAGCUCAGCUUGCUUCCUAUUAAGUUGAUCUCGUGCCACCCAAAGUCAGCAGGACAAUCAUCCAUCCAUCUGUUUCUUCUGUUCCUCGUGCUUCUCUUAGAUCAGCCAGCCACUUCUCUUCUUCCCGCUCUGUCAUUCUUUUUCGCCUCACUGUUCUUGAGGGAGAGGAUCUACUUCGCACAGGCGAACUUCUCUGUUGAAAACACAAAAAUUGAUAAGGAGAUGUACGGGUCGAAUACAGGGCCUUCACAACCAGAAUGGCGCCUCACGUCGGCCACUACUACUCCAAGUACUGCGACGUCGCACAUUCCCCCGCAGCCGUCAUGGCAGGCAAACCCCCCUCUUCCGGCUCGCCCAACACUUAAUCAGGCUGGAUCGCGACCGAAUGCCAGUUCUCCUGUGGUGAAGAACGCGGGCGCAAAUGUCUCUCCAACCUCCAAUAUGGCAGGAAUGGACCCAACUUCAUGGGGAGUGAAAUACAACAGGCAGCAGUUUCAGGCCCCGAGCCCCCCACCACUCCCGCCGCGACCUCCAAGCACGACACAGUCCCAUUCUAUCCAGACGAAUUCUUCCGCCGGUGGCUCGCUGGAUGUCAAAAGGCCUUCGUCGGCAACUCCAGUGCAGGCAGCUCAAGAUGCAUCGAAUCCAUAUCCGCAAUGGAGCGCGCCUCCAUUUGCAUCCCAUCAACAGACUGAUUUCGCACCAACCCAGGCCCCGCCACCACCUCCUAUUCCUUUCGGUUACCAGGGCGUUGUUUCUCAGCCCGGCGGCCAAACGCAGAAUCAUUUACAACCUCCACCAUAUUCUAGCGCCGUCUUCAAUCAACCUCAUGAUUCUCCCGUACAGCAGCCCAGCCCACCAGCACCAAUUCAAGCCCAUCUCGUAGGGCUUCCAGCGCCUGAUUCAGGACUGCCUCCACUUACAACCCCUGAAUUGCUACCUGUCGCCGCGCCUCCGGUACCACCCAAAACCAAUCCCUUUUCAAUUGCUACUAGCGCCUCCGCUCUUAGCCCUGGUACUCCUUCUGCCUGGGAGCAUCUAUCGCCGACGCCAGGAAACAUUGACGACGUUGCGGCCUCAGCUCCCAAGCGUGAACACGCAAGCCCAGUGGGCUCGGGACCCCCCUCUCGCUUACCUGAAGCAAAUUCAGCACCUCAUAACUUCCCUAGUAGUUCCGCGCCACCUAUAUCGGACUUGCACACAGGGUAUACCAACACGCAGUCGGAUAUUCAUGAUUCCCCCGUGAGUGUUGAUACAGUACAGGACGAUCACGAAACACCCCUCUCGCUUGGCAUGAAUGCCAGGGUGGAUGGUACUGAGUCAAUCCAUAGCUCUAUCUCUACUUCAGAAACCGUGGAGAGUAUUGAUGGUGUCAUUGAAGCAUGGACGCGCCCGCUUAAAACAAACUUAAAAAACCAUGACCUAGACGAUGACGCAAAAUCAGAACAUGCAGCGUGGAAAGAGAGCAAGACUGGUUUGAAAGGGACCGAAAGUAAGGCCGGUGAAGUCGAAGGAACAUAUCGGACAGCACUUGCGCCAUUGGAACGGCCUGAUCCCUUUAAUGAUCUUGAUACCUGGUCUAAAUCCUCCUUGGAACGAUAUGUGGCAAUGCUACGGAAGGAGGCGACGGCAGAUACCGAUUCAGAUCGAUUUGAGAUUUUUGCAAGUUUCAUGGCCAAAGAGGCGAAGCUACGUGAAGUCUUGUAUGGCAUUGAGCCUCACUCAAAAAGUGCCAACCAGACAACGACGGGCACUUCUCCUUCAGCAUCGGUGACACCAACUUCUCAUGCAAACAGCAGCGAAAUCGAUCGUGUGUCCCCUCCUGUGGAAUCUGGACUGUGCCCGGUGGAAGCUGAGGACUUUGCCGUACCUACUACUACUGCGGACGAACCAGGAGAUGGCAGCUACAGUCCGGGUGGCCGACCAAUCCUUAGGCUUCACACACCUGGCCCUGCAAGUAUGAAAAGUUCCCCAUCACACGCUGUUGCCCCUUCCGUUGGCGCACAGAUGUCAUCCCCAAGACCUGCCUCAGUACCGCCUACGAUGAUUGAUCUUGCGGCACAUAAGCAGGAUCUCUCUCCACUUGCUACCAAUCCUCCACAGCCGAUUUACACGCCGUUCCGUUACACGGAGGGUCCUCAGAGAGGCUCAGAUGCCCUCGUGUUUGAUCGUCCGGCAUAUCAAGCUUAUUCAGCCUUGCGUCAAGCAUCUGCUGAAAGCGGGCGGGUGAUGUCCAAUGGCUUGCUUCCUGCAUCAGAAGACCUCUCGUUCCCUGCAGAGACACCAAAUCAAGCAGGGCAGGACGAAACAUUCAUCGGUCUCAUCAGGGAGAAAAGUAUUGCGUACCGAAAAACAGCUUCCCAGAAGUCGUCGACUCUCCCACCACUACCUGCCUCCCUGAGACAAGGCAGACUUCAUGACCCCCUGGACGAAUUACGCUCAAUCGUGUCAUCGUCACUGAGCAAAGAGUCUGUGAGCGGUAUUGGAACUACCACGAAAAUGGAGCCCAAGGGAACAACCAAUGACUUCACUUACAUUCACGAGGCGAUAAAUACCUGGGUUGCUUCGAAUAAGUCUCGUAGGGACGCACUGGAGAAGAAACGUGUCCAACGUCAGGAAGAGUCCGAAAGACACAUUGAUGCCCUUUUCAACGCAAAGGAAAUAGGGUAUGCUGAUAUCAAUGUCCUCGAGGAGGAAUUCCGUCAGAAAGAGGCUCGCUGCCAGCUGGAGGAGGAGAGACAAGAACUGAACGACUUUAUUGCACACGUUUUUGACCCGCUAGAUAAACGAUUGGAAGAGGAGGUCCUGGCAUUGCAAACUGAUUAUGAAGCCGCUCUCGCCCAGCUUGACGACGGUGACAAUACGAUCCAGAGAACGGCAAAUGACCAUAGUCACGUGUCUAAGACAAUGAAGACUGUCAAUGAGAUCUAUCGUGACCUGGAGGUCCGCUAUCAGAAGCGCCUCGAGAUUGCUUUAGAUCGCGAACGUCGACGAAAGAAAGCUGAGAGGCGGCCUCUUGUUUUUAUGGGCGACUCGGCUGCCCUCAAACGGCUGGAUCAGGAAUUCGAUCAUAUGGAGAAGCGCAAUAAGCUGGAGGCUGCUCGGGAACGGGAUGCUAGAGCCAAUCGAUUGAUGGACUCUUUCGAUGAUGUUAUCAUGCAUGGUCUAGGAGGAAACCAGAGGAUUCUCGAUGACAUCACUGUAAAGGUAUCACGAAUCGAUGCGGCAAGCCUUCGUUCUUCUCCUCUCUCAGAGAGUGAAAUUGUGCAAUUAUUCAAAUCAGUCAAUCAGUUCAUUGACUGCUUGCGCGAGGACUCCGAGUCCAUACUCGAGAAUUUCGGUGUCGCUGAUGCAGUUCUCAACGACGCCGAUUAUGGUGUAUCUGUUGCUGAGGCUCGAUGCUCAGACGCUGAGACCGAUGUUUUUCGUCAGCUAGAGGCUGAGAAACAGAAAGAAGAUAAAAAGAUCCAGGAUGAUCUAGAAUCCAAGCUUGAGAGUGUUAGGGAAGGGCCAGCUCAGGUGGCCGCUAGCAUCAAGGAUCUUCUCCGUUCCCUCGGCCACGAUAAUGCCUCCGAACAAUCGCCUGCUCUAUUGCAGGAGCCUGUACAGCCACCGAAGAAUGCUCGCUCACCGAGUCCCGGCUCCGCCACCAAGCCUGCCUCGGGCCAGCCUGUGGAAGACAACGAGCAUCAAGAGCGACUUCGCAAGGCAUUGGAGAAUGCGAAGAAGAGAAACGCUGCAAGG